AUGAACAGAAUCGCCCUUAGACAAACCAAGCUUUUCGCUGCAUCAGUACCCAGAGUUAGAGCCAUGUCGUCCCAGAACCCCAUCCACAACACUGCCGAGGCCGCCGGCCAAAAGAAGGACACCAGCCCCUCCAAGCCUAGCGUCAUCUCCUCAGAGGGCGCCAUUGGCAAGCAAUUCAACCCUGAUGGUAAUAUCGGCCAGAUUGGCGAAGCCGUUGGUGGCCCAUUCUCGAAGGACGGUGUCAUCGGAAGCCAGUUUGAUGCGAGCAAGGGGGGCAUUGCAGGGACAGUGGAAAAGGCCGUGGAUGGUCCUCGGAAUCCGGCGAAGAAAUAG